UGGCUGAGACUGUAAACAGAAGCCGGUGUCUUUCUAGUUUUCCUGAACAUUUCCUUGUCUUUUGUCCCCUCUGCGCCUCACGAGAACCUAGUGAGGGUGUCAGAGCGAGCAACAACUCACUUUACAAAGGAGGAAGUAGGGGAGAUGAGGUGCUGGCUUUAAGAUUCUUACCUCUGGAUUUUAAAUUUUGUCUUUUUAAUAAAACUUGGACGGAUAAAAGAUGUGCCAUGGCAGGAUAGCACCAAAGAGCAACUCAGCAUUGGUUGUGGCCUCCGUGGGACAUGGAAUGUUCCUUCCUCUGGUGAUCCUUAGCACGCUGCUUGGAGACGGACUUGCUUCAGUGUGUCCCCUGCCCCCGGGGCCAGAAAAUGGUGGCUACAUCUGCCACCCCAAGCCCUGCAGAGACCCCCUGGCCGCAGGCAGCGUCGUGGAGUACCUGUGUGCGGAAGGCUACAUGCUAAAGGGGGACUACAAGUACCUGACGUGUAAGGAUGGCGAGUGGAAGCCGGCCAUGGAGAUCAGCUGCCGUCUCAACGAGGACAAAGAAACCCACACGUCACUUGGAGUCCCCACGCUGUCCAUAGUGGCUUCCACUGCCAGCUCCGUGGCACUCAUUCUCCUCCUCGUGGUGCUGUUCGUGCUGCUGCAGCCAAAGCUGAAGUCUUUCCAUCACAGCAGGCGUGACCAAGGGGUGUCUGGGGACCAGGUCUCCAUCAUGGUGGAUGGGGUGCAGGUUGCACUGCCUUCAUACGAGGAGGCUGUGUACGGCAGUUCCGGUCACUGCAUGCCGCCCGCAGACCCCAGAGUGCCCAUCGUGCUGUCAGAAGGGGCUGGGCCCAGUGGCAGGGGCCUGCCAAGGGAGCAGCAGGGCCAGGCGGCCUGCUCUUCUGCGGGUGGGGAGGAAGAGGCCCCGGGCCAGUCGGGACUGUGUGAAGCCUGGGGCUCCCAGGGCUCAGAGACUGUGAUGGUGCAUCAAGCCACCACCUCUUCCUGGGUGGCUGGCUCAGGGGGCAGCCGGCCGGCACACAGAGAAGCCACAGAUUCGGAGAACAGCGACAUACAAAGCCUUUUGUCCCUCACAUCAGAGGAGUACACAGAUGAUAUCCCGCUGUUGAAAGAAGCGUGAGGGCUGCGGCCAGCCUCUCUCCUCUCUGAAGGUCUUCUCCACCCUUCCUCGCGCUCCCCGUGGGUUUGAGCACCCUGCACUCCAGCCACCCCACCCGGAUACCUGAGCUGCCACCUGUUUAUCGGUGUGUCUCUGAGGGCCUGCAGGCCACCUCACUGGAAACUCAAGGAAGAUUCUCGCCAUCUGCUUGGACAGCUGGAGCAGCUGGCUCUUUGCCUGGCCCAGUCUUCCCGUCUUUUGGGAUGUAUUUGAAUGUGCUGGAUCGAACCCUUCCUUUCCCUGAGCCUCUGAGCCCCUUCCAGCCCGCACCGUGGUGGCAGCCCCGCAGCCCGCGUGGGGCUGGGCGCCACCGUGCUCACUUGUGCCUUCCCCAGCCCCGCCUCGUCUCCCUGCCGCGCAGGCCUGCCGCUGUCCACAGCCUUCGUGGCUGCUGCCCCUGCCCUCACAGGAGCUGAGCUAAGAGUGAGAGAGCCUCUGAGGCACGAGAGGCUUUCACUGGGGCAGAUGUGGGGCCCUGGGUUGACAUGGUGGCACGUUUCCUUGGCUGAGAAUAGAGAAUUUGGAAAAUCAUGCCAAAGCCAUCCCAGCACCUGUCCAGCUCAGGUGCAGGCUGCUGGCCCUGUGCAGAGUUUCCAAGAAGCAUCCCGAAGAUGCUGAGGGAGGGAAAGAAGAUGACUGGUGAUGACUGUCUUCCUAAUAUGCAAGUUCUCACUCCGUACUUCCAGCGUUGCACCUUGGCCUUGGUCUUUUCGUUCCCUGGAUGCGGGGAGUUGCAUGCCGCCUCCUGGGCUUCAUCCCAGGCAGCUCUGGCUGCUUUGCUGCCCACAGGGCCUGAGGCACAUCAUCCCAGGAGUUCUGAGAUGCCAUCCAACACUCACCUGGUCACUGGCAGUCUGGGCAAGGUGCCGCUUUCUGGGUUUGUGGUGACGGAGGGGAGGCCGAGAGGCACAGUUCCCAGGCAGCUGCAGGCAGCUCCAGCCUGGCCCUGAGGGUCCUCCUCACCGCGGUCAUGUGCCUUAGUAACUGUGCCCAGGAAGUGGCCUGCUGCCUGCUGCACCUCUGCUUUUCCUGCUUCUGCUCUUCCCGGUGCCCUGCACACGUCGUGGCUGACAAGCCGUUCCUGUCUUCCCUGCCCUCUGGGGGAGGAGCUGAGAAAGGGUCCACAGCACCCCUUGCCUUACUGACCGAGGUGGGCAAACGGGUGCCCCCAGCCUGGCUCCCGGGUCCCUCUAGAUGGAAGCCGGGGGUGUGGAUGCUGGAGGGAAGCCACAGCAAUGGGGCGCUCUGGGCGUCUCCCCCGCGCCCCCUCGGCGCUGCGGUGAGUGUGGGAAGGCUGGGCAGACGAGCUCCACUGGGCUGCUACCUUCUGGCGACAGACGUGGCAUUAAGGAAUGUUUGCUUUUGCUUUUUUUUUUCCCCCUGAUACACUGGGGCUGGGAAACCUCGCCGCUCACUCUGCUGCACCUCUGCUCCUCCCGAGCAGCUCUGGUGUGGUAAAAAUAAUACAAAGCCCGGUUCAGGACCUGACCUAACAGGGUUAGCUCCAGGCACGGGUGGCCUGAAGCUGGGGGAAGGGGCUUCUCCCCCCGCCCCCCGCCACCCCUCUGCCUCGUUCUCACAACGCACUUUACUCCCUGGUCAUGCCUGGCCUCCUGCUGCCCCUCAUCUUCUUUCCUCUCAGGGUAAGGGCAGUGCCCGUUGUGCCUGCUGGCCGCUCCCACACGUCCCAGUCACCCCGCAGCCCCUCUGUUGUGCUCAGAAUCAGGCAGGCGAAGUCAGGUAGGGAACGGGUUGGAGAAGGUGCCAGAGUGGAAGGCUGAGCCUGAGGGAGGAGAGACCUGUCUCAGCAGUUGCUGGCAUGGACCCCGCAGAGGGGUCCGAAGGCCUGGCUGCCUUCCCACGCGGACCCUCCUUGAGGCGCACCUGUACCCUUGCCCCCUCUAGGACAGGGCCCGUGAGAAGUGGGAAGGCGAGGCUGGAGUCUCAGAGCUGAGCCUUUGCUUUUAUCUUCCACCCUUCCGAAACCUGAAUUCUGUUCUAGCACAUUUGGUAAAUAGAAGAGCCUGCCCUUUUCUGGGUAGUUGCUCUGGGGUCUUGUCCACUCAGAGGUUGCACUUUUAUUUCAGGUUUUCUCCGCUGAUGGCUCCUUCCUUCUCACCCCGAGUCCACGCUGCCGGGGUCCACAACCCAGGCCUGCCCACCGGCUAGGAGAGUGGGAGGGGAGCACUGCGGGCUUGUGCUCCCGGCUCGGAGGGGGCCCCUGGGCGGCUUAGAGCAGGCCCUGCAGCGGCCCCUGGCGAGCAGGCGCUUGCGGCUGCCUCUUCCGCAGCUCUUUCCCUGAGACAGCCUCUUCCUCCUCAGCCACGUGCUGCUGUUGUGGGGCUUCUGAGCUUUGUUCCUUGCAGAGGGACCGGGGACCCCUCAGCCGCUUCGGUGUGGGGCUUAGCUAGAGACAGGGCGGGUGGCAGGCGGCAGGCUGCAAGCAGGCAGGCCACCCGGGGCCCAGAGCCCACAGCGCUGAGCCCGGAGCCGGUGGCCCUGCUUGCCCGGGCCCACCUCCCAUGGUGCCUGCAGUGCAAAGUCCCGUCCACAAGGGGUCGGCACCAAAGGACUUUUAGAAAGGAUUCUUUGCCGUUUUCUUUUUCUUUCUUCCUUUUGCUUU